CAUCUUCCCAUCUUCCCAUCUUCCCAUCCAACUGAUCACCCCAUCAUCUUUCCCUUCCCCCACGCCCCAUCCCACGCCGUCUUCUACCAUCUCGCUGGCUUCCCGACACUAAGCUGGAAUUAAGUUCGCUCGCCAGAUACCCUUCCUUCUGGCCAGACGCCUUCCCGUCUACCCUCCGACGAUCAUGUAGCAAGCUCGGUCUUGCGCCCCUCCGUCAGUGCAACGAUGGUGCUCUCCCUAUCUGUCCCUAGCUUUUCUAGAUCCACCACCUCCUCCGCGCUUCGUGCCAGCGACAGCAGCAACUCUACAACCAUCAGCGAGGCUCUCCGCAAUAAUCCUUUCGGCAUCACCUCCCGAUCUCGCUCCCUCGCCGCCUCGAAUACCCCCUCCGAGGAACAGAAACGAGAACAAGAGGAGCUAAACCAGGCUCUGCAGACCCUAGCUCGAAUCUUUCCCGAUAUUCGUAUCGAAGUCUUCCGAGAGCUCCUGGUCCGGUUCGAUGGGCAGAGCCGUCUCCAUGUCUGCGUCGAGCAGUUGCUACGUCACAAAGAGGCGUGGGUAGCCGGGCGAUGGAACGUGCCAGCUGGGACUGGGGGAACGGAAGAAGAUGGCAAAGAUGAUCUACAGCAACAACAUACCGGACAUGAGCAUGCAGUUCCGCCUGAUGAGCUAUUCCGGACAAACGAAUAUAAAGCUGCCGUGAAGGCGGCUCUCACGAAGGAGUUUAAUGGUCUGAGCAAGAGUACGGUGGAGGCAGUACUGGCUGAAGUGAACUUCUCUUAUCUGCGAGCCCGUCCGACUCUGCAAGAUCUUUCCCGGAGGACCUGGCGUGCGACCUUCAACAGCAUUCUCCCUUCGUUCAAGCGCGGUAAAGAUAAGAACGAGCAUCCACUCAUCGUGUGGCAGCGUCAGCCGGAUGGUGACAUGAUCCCGCGGCUGAAGAAGACGGAGUGCCCGGAGCUGGACCGGGAGCUGUAUCGGGCCUUGCUGGCACCCCUACUUCGAACCAGGCGGGAGGAGAGACUUGUUAGAGACCAGAAGUUGGCGGAGGAGCUGAACGAUACAGAAGCCAAGGAGGCUGAUGCUGUUUAUGAGUGCGAGUGCUGUUUGGACGACGUGACUUUUGAGCAAAUCUCAACAUGCUCGGACAAUAUGCACAUCAUUUGCUAUGGCUGCAUCCGGCGAACCAUCCAUGAGGCUCUGUUCGGUCAAGGCUGGGGUAAAUCGGUUGAUGUGGAAAAGUCAACGCUGAAAUGUUUGGCGCCCUUCGAUCACGACAGUUGCCCCGGGACCUUGGACCCAGCGAUCGUCAAGCAGGCUAUCUUGCUUGACAAGGCCGGACCUGAGACCUUUACGAAAUUCGAGACGCGCCUUUCCUCCGAGGUUCUGCUCAAGUCCCAGCUGAAGCUCAUUCGGUGUCCGUUUUGCUCGUACGCCGAAGUUGAUCCGGUUUACCACCCGUCUGCUCAAGGCCUUGUUUGGCGCUUUCGUCGCGACGGGUUCCUCUCUACGCUUCUGAUCACCAUCUUCUUACUCGACUUGAUACCCUUACUUAUCAUUCCUCUAGCGAUUCUUUAUUUUGUCAACUCUUCUGCUGUAUUCAUCAUCUUCCAGAACGCUCUCCUCAACCUCUGCCUCAAAACCCGACCCAAGAAAUUCACCUGCGCGCACCCCGCAUGCGGACGCGUCAGCUGCAUCACCUGCCAGAAACCAUGGCGUGACCCUCACGUGUGCCAUGAACCGCUUCUCCUCGACCUCCGGGCCACCGUCGAGGCCGCUCGCACUGCAGCUGUCAAGCGCACCUGUCCGCGCUGCGGCCUCUCAUUCGUCAAAUCCUCCGGCUGCAACAAACUGACCUGCGUCUGCGGCUAUUCCAUGUGCUACCUCUGCCGCAAGGCUCUUGGUUCUCCGAUCAAGUCUGCAAACCGACUAGGACGACUUCGACCACGCCGUCGUGCCAACCUCGUUGAGAAUGUCGAUCCGGCGGUCGGACCGGACGCCAUCAACGACGAACAAGAAGCCGGCAACGACGACGAAUUCGAAGAAAUGGAAGGCUACAAGCACUUCUGCGAGCACUUCCGCAUUGAUCCCGGCUCGCGCUGUACGGAAUGCAACAAAUGCGAGCUCUACCAAGACGAAGAUGAAGAAGCCGUGGCGCGUCGUGCCGGCGAGAAAGCCGAACGCGAAUGGCACGCUCGUCAAGGCACGACCGGUGUGGGCAUCGGGACUCUUCGCGUGAACAAUGAUUUCUCAAAAGCGGAGGGUAAACGCCGCGGCAAUGGAGGGUUGAUCCUUCACCAUCACGGCAAGGGCAUGAGUUACUGGCUGGAUGAGGUGUGGCGGGAUGGACGAUGGCGAAUAGAGGGACAGACGUUGGUAGACUGGGUUGUGGAACGAGUCCUAGUGAUUGAUGAAUUUUAGCCCCCUCUUCUUUUUUUUUUCCCUUCUGUGUUGGGCGUCUCGGGGUGUUUCGGGCAUUGUUGAUUCAGCUGGUCUAAGAGAAUCAUACAGCAGAUUGAACGAUUGAACGAUUGAUUGAUUGGUUAAAUUGAUGUUGCUGCAGCAUAGCUAGCUAGAUUGAUUGGAUUGGACUGGCUUGAUGAUGAUGAACAUGAUCAACGACCUGCUUUCAAGUUUUCCGGGUGUUACACUACUACUUCUUCUUAAAUGAAUGGCUUCUCAAGAAU